AGGGGAAAAAGGAGCGAGCGAAGACGGUGAAAGCGAAUUUGUCGAUGGUGAUGGCAGCCACAGGAAGAGCAAGCAGCACGGUGGCCGCCUCGUCGCACAAUCCUCGCGUGGCGUCCCAUAACACGUGACUUCUAGCUCCACCUCCCUGGUACUGGUGGGUGCUGUGAUAGUUGUGUCCAAAGACUUAACAAUAGUACGCCCUCGACUAUCAUGGCAUCGUUCGAAGACGACGUAGAGCCGCUAGAGGAAAGUAGAUCGAGAGGAUCAACCCCGCUUGGCCGGGGGGGAGCAAGCACUUCCUUGCUGGGUAAGCAUGAGCGUGAUGAAAGCCCGGUGCCGGAUGAGGAGCUGGACACCGAAAAGGGCAACCAGAAGAUGUGGCUCGUCAAGGUCCCUCGAUUUCUCUUGGAGGGGUGGACCAAAGUCGAAGAAGAAGAUAAGCUUCUCGGUACCGUUCGAGUGUAUGACAAGGACCAGGAUGGGCAUACGAAGCUCGAGCUCCUUCUUCCGGAGCACCCCAAUCCUGCUAUCCCUUUACCCCCCUCACAUCCGUACCUUGCCACCAAUUAUCCUCGUCAUUAUGACCUGAGGCUCACGAGCGAACAGGAAGGCGCACGGGUCCGAAAUUUGUACGCGUUUCGAGAGAGGAUGGAGGGGGGCGAAGACGAUGACGACGAAGACGACGAUGACGACGAUCUCGUGGACAGCGAUGGCGAUGAAGACGUCAAGGGCAAAGCAAAGGCCGAUGACAGGAAUAAAAAGUCAAGACGCGUCGUGUCCAUGGUCGGCAUGAUCACCAACGAGGCUGCACUCAAGCCUCAGAUCACCGGUCCUGGUGGCUUGGUGAGCAGGGGCGGUAAGGAACUGGGCAUCUCGCCUGAAUAUCGAGAGGUGCUCCGGAAGCGAAAGCUGGAAGCCUCAAAGCCGCGUCACAGCGUUAAAGUCCUUGACGACGACGAUGCCUCGCGCAACAACAUGCUGACGAGCGGUGUGGGAGCCGGAUUCAUCAAAGGACCCAGAGCCUCACUCAUUACGCAGAAUCGCAAGACGGGCAACCAGGCGGAAAAAUUCGCGCGCAUGCCUCGAAACGAGCUCAUGGAUUUGCUUUUCGAGUCGUUCGAAGAGUAUCCCUACUGGUCCAUCAAAGGGCUUCGAGCUCGCGUCGAGCAACCCGAAGUGUACCUCCGCGAUGUUCUCUCGAGCAUCGCCGAUCUCCACAAACGCGGUCCUUACAGUGGCAACUGGUCCCUCAAACCUGAGUAUGCUGCGCUGCGCAAAGAUGCUGAUCGACGGGAAAAUGAAAAGAGGGGAGCCGAGGAAGCCAGUCGGCAGCAGCAGAUGGGUGCUCAGGAUCCAGGAUCGAGGAGCAACGUUGUGAGCAGCAGCGGCAGCAGCAGACAAGAGAUCAAAUUGGAAGAGGGAGGAGACAUUGGUGGAGAUGACGAAGACGACAUGGACGAUGUCGCUUGAGGGUGUGCGCCUACGCAAAUGUUUCUUGUAGUCCACAAUGUACAGUACAGUACAGUACAGUACUAAAACGCCGACACAAAAUUC